AUGGCGAAAGCCAAGGGGGAAAGGGUGGAAAGCGUCAGAGCCUUCGAGGUUGGAGAUGCCGUGCUAACUGACGGUAAGUCUGGUGUGCUGACGCAAUACAACAAUGGUUGGUGGACGGUCACUCUUCAAGAAGGAUCCGUGGUAAAGCGGAGGGCAAAGGCGCUGUCGUUGGGAAAGCAACCCGAUCCCAAGGAUCUUGCCAAGCCGUCAACCGUGUCAGUGCAAUCCCAGCAGCAAAAGGGAGAGUCAUCAUCACCCGUGGCAAAGGAAGCUCCAUCUGCAAGAAACAAACGAGGAGGAAGAGCAUCCCAUGGCAGCUCCGAGGCUGCAACGCCACCCCCCAGUGAUGCGAUCACGUCGGAAAACCAGGGCGACAGGCCCGGCUCACAGACAAAGAGGUCGACAAAACCUUCAACGGCGAGAACCCCGAAGAAAAAAGAUUCCGAUCAGCCCCUUACUGCACGAUAUCCACAAGCCUUGCAAGCCUAUUUGGAAUCGCUGAGCAACAUGGGUGAAAGUCUCGCAGUGCAGGAGGAGCUCCCAACAAUGGCUCGCUAUCCUCAAGCUUUACAAGACUUGUUGAGUGGGAAGAAUGUGAAGGUCAAGCCCGCACGAAGAAAGAAAGAAAGCCAGGGAGUACAGCUGGAGGAAACUUUUGUUGCCAGGUAUCCGGGCCCUCUGAUGAGAUAUCUUGAGUCUCAGCAGCUAGAGGACGACUUGGAUGACUCGUUGCUCGGACCCCAAGAUAGUGAAGAUGACUUCUAUGAAGAGGACACGCCUCUGAGCGCGAGCUAUCCACCCGCCUUAGAGUACUUGUUGAGCGGAGACUAUCUUGAAGAUAAUGAUAUGGAGGACGGCAACAUCAAGCAGGUGAGGGAUGCAGAAUGGUUCCUUGGACGCAAGGGCUUCCAUUUCGAAGAGUUAAAGGGGGACUUCUCUCCUGACGAUCAACGAUGGAGUGACAAAGAGCUCCGUGAAGAGAAUGACAGUGACAUGUACUUGACUGGCGAAGGGCUUUCGUACCCCCUCCCACAAGAGGAAUCUGGAGAGAACAAGCAGGUUCUUGCGACAGAAUCUAUGGACAAGAAGAAGCAGACGAUGAAGGCGCCUGUUCCUGAAGCAACUACUGAAACGAAGCUGAAUGACGUUGAAAUCUCCGGUAAGGAUCCCAUAGUGCAGGAUCAGCCAACAGCAGGCGAGGGAUUGAACCCAAAAAAUCCUAUCCAGCCCGUGAAAGACUUGGAAAAAUCUACGGACAUUGAGAUACAAACCAAUCAAGGGUUCUUUCAAAAACUCGAUGACAUUGUCAAGAACUUCUCGAAAAAGUUUGGAAUUUGA